AUGCUGCAGACGUUCCUUCGCCGCGCCGCGCCCGUCGCGGCCAAGCAGCCUGCGCACACUCGCUCGCUAUGGUAUCAAGUCGGGUUCAACCAAGACCCCGAGAAGAUUGUGAAGACUAUCAACCGCACCAUGCAAGACGACGGUGUCAUGACGCAACUGGACCAACGAUUCGCGCACGAGAAGAAGUGGCAGCGCCGCAUCCGCAAGAACGCCGAGUCGGAGAUCCGAGACUUGAACAAACGUAUGGCGUCGAUCGUCAACUACUGCUUGAAGAAGCAAAAGCGAGGGGGUCACUUGUAA